AUGGCAAUUGGUUCGAAUUUACAUAACCAGCAGCAACAACCACAGCAACACCAUCAAACACCUCCAUCUUGCCAACAGCAGAAUCAACAACAGUUACAAACUCCAACUUUGAGUAACCUAACUCCAGCUCAUUCACAACCCAGUCAACCGCAGCAGCAACAGCAACAACAGCAUCAUAGCCAUUUGAGCAAUCUUCUCAGCAACAAUCCCUACGCAUCCAGCUAUGGCAGGCAAGCUGCUUAUGAUCCCAUUGGACAGAAUCCUCAGGAUGUUGGCAAAAACUCGGCGACCAAAGUACCUGAACUGAUCAAUUUGGGCUACAACAGUGGCAGUAACGAAAGCAGUGCCAGUAGCCAUAAGAACCAACCUCAGCAACAGCAAGACAUUCCCAUGAAUAUGGGAAAUAAACCAGCUGGUGCGGAUGCGUCGACCAAGGAGAAAGAGCUUACUAAGCAGCAGCAAAUGUUUGAGCUUAUGGGAGCCAUGGGAGCAUAUGGAAAUCCAAUGGAUAUCUCGAUUUCCAAAUCCAAGGCUUUUGAUAUGUUCAAUCGAGCGGCUACGAUGACAUUUCCUCGUGGAUUCCACGGUACCGGUGGCGGUGGGGGUUCGGCCAGUGGACCAAGUCAACCACAACACCAAGAUCUUACUAAGAUGGGAUACACUGGAAGCACAACUGGAUAUGAUCAGAUGCAAGCCAAUCCCAAUAAGGCUCAUGACAUGAGUGGUGCAAAUGCUUACAAUAUGCAACAGCAAACACACCAACAGCCGCAGCAGCAAUCUCAUCAGCAGUCAACAAAAAGCAAUCAAAGCGAUCUGAUUGCAGCGGGGAACAUUCGUGGAAACGUUUCUACCGGAACGUACGAACAAAGGUCAACCGGUAAUGCUCCACAGCAACAACAACAGGGAAAUAUGGAUCUCAGCUCCGGAUACAAAUCGUUCAGCGGUUCUACGACUUCUUCGUUGAUGGAUCCGGCAUUGCGAAAUUUGGCUUCACUUUCAUCGUUGUACCAGGGUGAUGGUUCAUCAGGAUUCUAUGACAAGAGUAUUCCCCCAGCUGCCCAUAUGUUUGGGAAAAAUCUACCAAACCAUCCAUCGGGAGCUUCUUCUGCAGCAGCGGUGGCGACAACAUCAACGCUUCAGCAGAUGUUCAAUUCGUCAAUGGCCUACAGUGCAACUCGAGAUCAAUCAAGCUCGUACGGAACGAAUUACCACCAAAGGAAUGAUUUACUCAAUCAAGGGCAAAAAGUUCCAUUGAAUAUUCCCACAGUAUCGAAUACGUCUGCUCCGGCGGAACCUGCAAAGCCCAAACGAAGCAGGAAAAAGAAAGAUACGCAAGAGGUAAUGCAACAACAAAUGCAACAGCAACAACAAGCACAUCAACACCAACCAGCACAACCCGAUGCGGCUCAUCAAGGAUUCCAAGCAUACCCCGGACUCAAAACCAGCCAAUCCUCAAACUCCACGUCAGGUAGUCAAUCGAAUCCGGCGGGUUCCAAUGCUCCUGGUAAUGUUGGAUCUAAUUCCGUAGGAAACUCCGAACCGUCUGCCAUUUCUCUGAAAACGGCCAACGUUGUCCCUGGAAGCGCCUUCAAUUUUGGAUCUGGACCAGGAGGGCUUGGCCUUCCUUCCAGCUUGUAUAGUGAAACUUCUUCCUAUCUGGAUGAAUUCCGCAGCAAUCCGAAUCCAUAUCCAUACCUUGCAUCUAGUCACCGAGGACCUGGCUCAGCCGGAUCAGCAUCAGCUGAAGCAACUGAUAAAUCCCUCAAUUCAUCGGCGUCCACUGCCUCAGCAGUGGCAGCAGUUGCAGCAGCAGCUGCGGCUGCUCAUCAACCUCCACCGGCAGCCUCCCCGUACCAUCAGUUCCUGUCGCAUCCUUCUUCCCGAGCACCAUAUCAGUUUAUGAAUCAACUAGAACCGCUACAUCAGCAAUAUAUCCGCCAGGAGGAGAUUCGAGCCCAAAUGAUGCUGAAUCAAAGCCUCGCCUUGGGUGCUCCAGGGGCCCAUGGACCACCUCCCGGGGCGUAUGGUCAGCCUGGUGCCGCCUAUCACCAUGCACUCGGAAUGCAUAAGCCCUACGAUGCAAUGAACUCGAUGAAUCGACCACCCUGGCUAUAA